CACAGUUCCUAUUAUUGUGUCCUGUCCACUCACCUUAAGCGGUACUCACGUCAGGAGCUGCUCUCAUAAUUCGGCUACUCAAGUCAGUACAGGUGUUUUCUGAGCGAGAAGAAAAGUUACAGGACUUAGAUAUAAUGCUUAUUUCUAUAAAGCAAGAAACUUGAUUCUUUAAGCAACCGAUGCUUGAGUCCUGUUGCGAUAUCUUUUGUGUAACGCGUUGUUGUCAUCGAUUAAGUGUUUUUGAACAAAUUUUGGAAAAUUGAUUUUACACUCCAACAGCAAAUAAUGACAGAUUCACUAUUAAACUUCCAGGCUCUCAUGAACCCUGCAAGAUCAAGUGCAUUUAUUAUGAGCAAUCCACAACUAGCUGCAUUGCAUAAUAUGGCGGAAAAAACACCGGGUUUAGCCUACCCCACAGGACAGGUCCGCAAAGCAUUGUCGCCUUCAGGCACACCACAUGGAAUCAACGAUAUUUUGAGUAGGCCAGAGUCAGCAGGGGCAUUCUUUGCAACACCUAUGGGUAUUCCUCGUUUGAACUCUUUUGCAUCUAGCUUUUACUUGAAUCGACUUGCUAAGCCCCUUAGCGAACUAGCGGGACAUGCAAGUUCAGGGCCGUCACCUUUAUACUGGCAUCCCGCGAGUAUUUUCCAGGCUCCGUCACCGUGGGCUGACCGUUUAGCGUGUGCUUCAGCAGCAGCGGCACAAAGCCAGGGCAUUACAGUAGAUAAAGAUGGUAAAAAGAAGCAUACACGCCCCACAUUUUCCGGACAGCAGAUAUUUGCUCUAGAGAAGACAUUCGAGCAAACUAAGUAUUUAGCAGGACCUGAAAGAGCUCGGCUGGCCUACGCGCUCGGGAUGACUGAAAGUCAAGUAAAGGUCUGGUUUCAAAACAGACGAACCAAGUGGCGCAAGAAACAUGCGGCAGAGAUGGCCUCCGCUAAGCGACGACAAGAUUCAGAAACACAGGAUUUAGUCGCAGCUAAAGCAAGUUUACCAAACGACAGGGAGUUGGACAGAAACGAGCCUGACAUUCCCGCCAAAAGAAUCAGAGUUGAAAGCAACGAGGAUGAGGAAAAAUCAGACUCAGAGAGUCUCAACUGAUGAAUGUAAAAAAAAACUGUUAUAUUUUCAAUAAACAAAGUAGACACUGUAUCGAGAAGGAGAACGCCGGCGGAGGGGGUAGAGGCGUCGGUCGCUAUAGAGAGGGGAGCAUCUGAAUUUGUACUGUGAUGUCGGUAACUAACAGUACGUGUUGUUUACAGAUAAUCCACUCGAAAAAUGUAACCAUUUAACCACAUUCCGAUAAUUAUUUUGCUCAAAGAAACAAUUCACCUUAUUUACACGCAUAUGGCAUGUAACGUGCCAAAAUGAAUUGUGAAUUGUUUUCUCAACGGACUCUGAUAUUAGAGCUGUUAGCGAUGCAGAUAUGGACUAUCAUUAUUGGAUAUUUUUUUCAAAUGUAAGAAAAACAAAUCAAGAUCUAUGGUAGGGACUUUAGUUUAUUCGAUGACGUCACAUGUUAUUAUUUUUUUACGAGCUAUGCACAAUCUUACUGUAAGCAACUUGAGUGCACGGAAUAGGGUAUGCGUUGAGAGAAUAUAUUAAAUUAAUUACUUGAAAUGCAAUGAAGGCGCAUAUCGCUUGAAUAUGGGGCCUGGGCUGAAUUGAUUAAGUACCUACAAUAGGCCUACCAUCCUACCAUAAGAUGAUGAGCGCACUGAUUAAAAGCCAUAAGGCGUCUGUCUCACAAUCUGACGUCAUAUUUUUGGUUGGCUCACUAUAAAUACUCCUAUUAAAUGAGUGGCCGGCGCAGCAGAAUGCCUUAGCCUUCCAACCGAAUAGACAAGCUCGAGACCGAUACACUGGGUCACAUUGCUUGCGUCCAUGAGUAUAACGGACCUUUUCGGAGUGCCAAUCAAACUGCCAGCUGGCCAAUCAGAACAGGACAAGGAUUACGCACAUGUCCCACAAAUGUACUUGUUGUGAGAAACCUUUAGCAACAAUAUCCAAUGGGCGGGGCUUAGAGGAAAGAUCCAUUGGUUAAGGACCUUUAAUCUGUUCUAAAAUACAUGAAUGUAUGGAAUACGGUAUUCCACCGGGUAGCAGAAGGACGACCAUCGUGCAUAGUAGACUUUGAUAUUAACUGCGCUAUUCACUAAAAGCAGUUACUCUAUGCACGUGUUUAUUAAAUUCAGCUAACUUUACCAUCCUAUAAAUUCUCUAUCAAAAGGUAGAAUGUAUUGAUGAUACGCGCUAGUGUGACGUCAUAUCUUGGGACAGUUUCAUAUUUUUUCUACAAUAUCGUAUUAAUUUUAUUUUUGACUCGCAUAAUAAUCACUAGUUAGAUAUUGAGUCGGUAUUUAUAUCGGUCAUAUUUUGAAUUUACUCUCCGCACAAUGUUGACUCAUAUCAUGGAGGAAUUAGUUUAGACUAAUUCCUCCAUGAUUUUAUCUAUCUAUCGAUAGUCGCCCAUGCGCACAUAACUAAAUGACGCCCUCACAAACCAUUAACUUUCUUAAUGAAAAAUAACAAUGGGAAUAUGAGUGAGCCGGUAUUGAUCAAACAAUUGUGACAAAUUUAAAUUAUCUACAGCUACAGCUCAUACCGUAUAAUUUCUUUUGUAGCUAUUGUGCCAAGUUUGUUUGAUUUGCGCAGUCGAAACACUGCACAAGUAUCUUCUGAUGAGAAUUCGAAUCUGCACCUGAAUUGAAAAUAUUGCGCAGUUCCGAAACUUUGCAAGAUAAUCUUGGGCAAUUAAAAUAGUCUAAACUUAUCCUUUAUGAAAUACAAAAUCAAAUAUACUCUAAAUAUUUUUUAUUUUUUACAACUUAAAUAACUGCAGUCUGUGUCGUAAAUUAAAUAGCUUAAGUAACAAUCUGCAAUCAUACGUUUUAUCACUGUUGAUAUCAAAAUAUCAGCGGAGUUAUCAAACAUGUACGUUUAACCUAUACGUAUGCCAAUUUUUGCAGGUCCUCAAAAUUGCGCGUAACAUAGGCCUACUAUUUAGUUUUGUGCGUUUAUCGUACUAUGAUUUUAUUUUCAGUAGAUGAAAAAUAUAAUAAGUUUCUUUAUAAAAUUGUUUUUAUGAUCCUUUUGGAUUUUUGUUGUUGUUAUAUCUCUUGAAUUAUACCAAAGUAGGCCUACACUUUUAAUCUCUGAUUUGCGCGUCAAUAGAAGCAUGGAUGUGCACAUCAAAAAUCGCGUGGAUGACGUUCACUAUGAUAAACAAUUCCUUAUGUAAUGGUAAAUAUGAAACAUGUCAUACUUAUCACUGCGUUGCUUCGAUAAGCUUAAGUACGCAGCUUCUCUAGAAGAACAUUAAGUUGGUUCUUAUUGUAAGAUAAAUUGGAUCUUUAACAUUAUCGUAAUCUUUUAUUGUAGUGCACAGCAAAAUUCCAUACUUCAGAUCGGAGAAUCUGUAUUUGUGUAAUGAAAAAAAUGCAUAUCCGUUUUCCAUUACAUAUUUCCAGAUGACAUUAACAGUGUUAAUGACACUAAGAGGCGCGUGUCCUAGACAAAACAAAACUUUCAAUAAGACAUUAGAAAUUAUGGAUGGCGUUUCUUGAUUUAUGUUUUCAAGAAUAUUGAUACUUGACAAUAAUCCGGAAUUUUACAAAUAAUUCUGGCGUAUUCUUUCUGUAAAAAAAAAACAAAAAAAAAAAACAAACUCCAACCGUUGUAGGCAUAUAUUGGACCCUGGCAUACGUGUGUGACUAAACUGUGUAUUUAAAAGGAUAUUAGGUGGAAAAUCCGAUCUUAAAUGAUGAGUGAAGUGAUGUGUACGGUUACAGAUAUCGUUUAUGUGUGCAAACAAUUAAACUAUACUCGUAUAUACAACAUGUAUAUUAUGUCGAUGUUCUUGUUGUAAAUAAUAAAAAAAAAAUCAUGUAUAUAUUUAACAGGUAUAAUAUAGUUGGAAGUUGUCAAAUGCCGACUCUUGCGUGUGUGUAGUGAAAUAUGUUUAGUUAGACAAAUUAUAUUAGCCAAGUAGUGAUUUAAUUGCGAUAUCAACGUAUGCAUAUUUUAAUGAUAAUAAACAUGGGAGCGGGAAAUACAUGGAUUAUUUAUAUCUUGUAUUUUUCAUAAAUUAUAACUUUGUAAUUAAGCAUAAUUUAACACCCUGUAUUUUUUAAGCUCAAUUUUUUUGUUCAAAAUCUAGAAACGUUGUCAACAGAUUUUGUGAUAACAGAUAUACAUAAAAUAUACUGUCUGCGCUCAAUACUAGGCCUAAUGAUAAUAAUAAUAAUAUUGAUUACGACGUUAUGAUAAAUAAGUGUUUUAUAAUAAUUAUAUUUUUAUUAUUAUUAAUUCUUAUUAUUUAUCUAUAUCAUUUAUUUUCAUAUUAUUAUUAUCAUUUAGAUAAUGCAUUCGUAUUUAAAUAAAAAUUAUAACGAAAAAAUAAUUUCCUCAUUAAUUUACCGACGCAUAAAUAAUACUAUUUUGUUAUAACCUUUAAACUGAGGGCUGAAAUGCGACGUCACUGGGCCUAGAUCCCUGACGUCAUCGUCUCGGUACUUUAUUGGCUGCUAAUAAUUUAACGUUUUAAAUCAGCUAAAACUUAAUUAUUUGAAAAUAAUAUAUGUCACACUAAUAUUUAUUACUUUAAUUGAUCGUUUCAAAUGUGCAAUUCAUAUGCUAUAUGUUUACAGUUAUUACGACAGACAGUAUAUUUUUAUGUAAGCACAUUCUUUCAAUAAGCAUAUCGUUGUUGUUUUUUUUAAAUCAAUAAUAACAACAACAAAUACUACACAAAUGAGUUUGUGAUAGCAGGUACUAAAUAAAAUAUUGUUUUACAAUAUUUCUUUAAAAAAAACAUUAUUUAUUUAAUAAAACCAACGCAUUCGUUAAAUUUCAGUGAAUCGUCACUAAAGUUUUUUGUUAGAAAUCACCAAUCGAUGAAUCUAAAAUCAAGUAAAAACUGAUUGUUCAACUAGCGACUCAUUAAAACUGUUUAUUUCACAAGGAACGAGUCCCAAGUUGCACGUUUAUACCUACCAUGCUUAUAAAGCAACCUUGUAUAAAAAUAUUAAGUGCGGGGUGGCAUUUUACUUUUCUUUCGAUGAAAACAAACAAAUAAAUAAAUACUGAAACAGUAAACGAAA